AUGGCUAACAUCUCAUUUCCCAUUUCCUUAUGGCUUUUCAUCCUUCUGAUAUGCCCUGCAGUUGCGUUUGCAUCAUUGAUUGAAGAGGACUUCACAUUUGCAGACAAUGCAAAUCAUAACAUUGACAAACGUGGGGUUCUUCUCCCACAUGCAGAUUAUAGGAUCCGCGAAGAUGUUGCCUCUCGUCAAGAUGAAGAAAGCUACCAUACAAGUCCAUUGUAUUUCCGUAAGCUCAAGGAAAUGAAGGAGGUUGGUCUGGGUUUUCUUGAGAGGGAAGGGGGCUACCCCAAACGUUACGAUGAUUCCCGUCUUUGGUUAUAUGACUAUAUCGAAUACCUUUUAGCUCUCAUCUUUAAGGGCUUGUUGUCUUGCAACUUGCAAGCUGUUACUGGGUACCUGGAUUGGCCUGAUGCCUUCCAUUUCUUUGUACGUGUGAUGAACGAAGUUGAACGAGUAAAUGCUAGCGAUCCUGAAUUUGAUCCAUCAACGAGUUUAGAACAAGUCAAUGCUGGCAAUCCUGAAUGGGAUCCGCCAAUGAGUUUCAAGUUUGGUAUUGAAGAGAGACUCAUGUUUCCGUCUGGAAAGGUUUCUUACCAAAAAAGAGACGAAUAUAUCCUGUCUCUAAGCAUUCCACUAGACAAAGCUAUCAACAAAGAAGAGCUUGAAUCUUUUCAUAAAUCCAAAGCAGAAGAUACGCAAGGGAACGAAGUGUCUACUGAGGAAAUUGUACGCCCAAGGGUACGUUUGGUUGACUGCCUAAGGAGCUUUUUAGCUGCAGAAGAGGUGCAUGAUUUUGACAGCAAUACAGCUACAGCAACCAAAACUGCUGGGCUUACUUCAUUCCCUGAUUAUCUGGUAUUGCACAUGCAAAAAAAUGUGGUGGCGGCAGGCUGGGUACCUAAAAAACUUGAUGUUUGUAUAGAUGUUCCAGACACCAUAGAUAUUAGUUUCAUGCGCAGCAAGUGCAUCCAACCUGGGGAGGAGCUGUUACCUGAACCUGCUGCUGAGGGUGUGGCAGAUCCAAGGCUUCUAGUUGAUGGGGAUAUAGUUUCCCAAAUUGUGUCGAAGGCAUUUGAAGAUCUUUCAAGUACCGGAAGGGAAAUGGCAUUGAGUCAUUUUCUGUCUGAGAUUGAUGAUGCAGACAAUAUUGAUGCUCAGUCGAGAGUUGAUUUUUUGGUUGAAUGUGGGUUUCAAGAUGAUAUACCUCCCGAGGCAAUCACAUCUAUUGGGGACUCAGGAGGAGCUUACAGGCUUAUGGGAAUCGUGAGCCGUUCUGGUACCUCUGCCCAAUAUGUUGCUCACAUCAAGACAGAUGGUCUGUGGGUAACUUUCAAUGAUGAAGUCGGGGUUUCCAAGGACAUUGGAGACAUUUUUGUUAGUAUUUUUGAUAGAAAAGGAUAUUAUGAACUUUGUGCCGACUUAUUCAGUUGA